AUGGAGAUUUUUCCCCCGUCGUAUGAACAUGCUACCGCGAGAGACACCUGGGCCAUCGUGGCACGCUACAUACCCUCAUCAGACCUCUGCGCUGCAUGCCUAGUAUCAAGGAAGUGGUACGAACUCUUCGUCCCGUCCCUGUGGGGAGCACCGGCCUUGCACUUUCGUGGGGAUAGUGCUGAUGUAUAUGACGCCUUGACUCGAUUCAGAAAAAUUCUGAGGUAUUCUCGCUGCUGGGUUAGAGAGCUUACGCACACAUUGCAUCUUCCUCCUGCGCCGUCAGAGAUAUAUUAUGGACCGGAGCGGGUCUGGCUUCUCGAGGUGCUGGAGUAUUUGCCGAAAUUACAGUCGUUGAUUGUUUCAAGAUUAUCGUUUUUCGAUCAUGAUUCCCUCCUUACUUUGGAUGCAAAGUCCGGUCAGAGUAGACUUGAUGCCGAGUUAAGAUUACGGACAUAUGAUUUGCGGUUGCUUCUUGCAGACCGUGAGCCAAACACGACGUCCGUAGCACUCCGCAGGGGGCUGCUACAUUUCCCAAAGCUUGUAUACUUGGAUCUAUCUUAUACCACGUCGGCAAAGGACCACGGAGUGUUAUCAGCGCUUUCGCACUUAUUUCACCUGCAAGUACUGAAGCUACGAGGCAUCGGACUCAGGGAUCCUGACGCUGAUGUUCUGGCGCGUGCCAUCGGGAUCCGGGUGCGGCUUUUGGACCUUCGUAAUAACUUACUGAGUGAUAGUGCAAUUAGGGCCCUGAUGCACAACUGUUUUCCUCCGUCUAACCAUAGUAAUGACUAUACAUUUAGGCGGAUGGAAGAAUGUCAAUUCGAAUGGCGACCUCCAACCGUCCCGCUUGGCAGUAUAUUGACAUCAGAUUCAAUGAAGGAUGAGCACCUUGACGGACACUUCCUCAAGCAGCUUACAAUGCCGCUUGAUGGUAGGUCCACAUUGGAGGAUAUACCCCAUGUUGGUAUCACGCACUUAUACGUUGCGGAUAACAAUAUUUCAGUGGAUGGUUUACUUGGAAUUGUCGGUUUGGGGAUGCUCCUUGUCCUCGAUUGCGGGACAAUUGGCGCAGCCCGUUUAAUGAAAGAGAGUAUGUCCCUACCGGCUUCUCGCAAUAAAGAUGACUCCCAGGCUGAGAUGAUUCCUGGUGCGGAGAGGCUGGUUCCUAUUCUCUGUCAACCUGCGGGCAAGAGUCUCACUUACCUACGAAUUCAUCAUGCUAUGGUGACGAGCAGUACUCAGGUGUUGAAAGGGGUUGGGCCCUGGACUGCAUCAGCACCAGAGGAGGAGAUAGCACGAGACUGUCUUAUCCAAGAUCUUAUUGCCCGACGUCCUACAAUACCUGCGACGGAUAACCAAAGCAGCGAAGGUGGCCACUUGCCGUUUCUUCAUCCUUCGAAUCUCUCACAUCUUAAAACAUUAAUCCUUACAGACCUGCCGUCUUCCGUGCCCUCAUCAUCCCCUAUUCUAUCGUCCCUAAAAAGAUUCAUAACAGCCUGCGGCGACGAAUCGUUACUCGCGUCCUUACGAGCUCAAUCAGACUAUUCCCUUCCACCAGGCCGGUAUCGAGCCAAAGCAGAAAAACAACAUGCAAAAUCUCUCUUUGCGCUUGAGCGGCUCAUUUUAGAAAUCAGACCCGUUUCAAAACCAAGCAACUCCAGCUCCUGGUCUCCAUCGGGCUACCACAACCCUAAUAGUACUAAAUCUAGCACCGGGGAUGCGGACUCCGAAAAUCUCUGGACAGCAGCCAUGAAUGAUUUCAGCUUUUUUAGCGAGGAUGUGAGCUGCACUCCGGCUAAUUCUCAGAGAUGCGGUGUUGGUUCUGUAUUUGGUCAAGAUCCGGGUAAGCAUGAAAUAGACCUGAUAGCGGCGAUAGCAUCAUUCCGUCGGGAAAAGAGGAUUAAAUACGAUGAUUUACGGAGCGCACAGCAACGUAAGGGCGGUAACAAUGAGGAAUCGGGCGGCAUAUCGUCUUCAACCCAGUCGACUACCCCUAUCUACGUUGAAGGGCAUUGGAAUGGAGAGAUAAGAGUUGUGAAAUAA